AUGCAGCUGAAGGUAGGCAAGACGGACUGCGACCGCGACUGUAGCUGCAACUGCAACUGCAACGCGGACCCUGACGCAGCUGCCAAGCUACGCUACCGGCUGAAGGAGGCGGACCACCUGAGGAUGAUCGCGUUCUUCGCCACCGUCUUCAGCACCGUUACGCUGGUGGCGUGCAUCGUCAGCGUGCCGUGGAUUUACAACUUCAUGCAGGCCGUCCAAACGCAGCUCGAGAACGAGGUGGACUUCUGCAAGUACCGGUCAAAGGACCUGUGGAACGAGGUGAACUUCCUGCGAAACGGGGACGAGCCAAAAGCCCGGAAGGCCCGCUCCACUGGUCAGCUCUGGUACUAUGGCCACUACGACACCCAUCCAUACGGCACGGACGCCGUUGUGAAACCCGAAUCCAAGACCGAAUACGUUCACGGCGGUCACGGAGGACACGGUGGUCACGGUGGUGGUCUCGGAGAUGGUGGCAAUGGAAACGGCAACGGACUGGGAGAAAUCUGUGAGUAA